GGUUGAAUGUCUAUUACAGUAGAAGACUUGGCAGCUAAUAUCGAAACAGUCUUAGCCUCUUUGGGAGAUGAGAAGAUGGUUAACUGGGAAGUUGUAGAGUAAACAGAGACUAACCUUAUGAAGCAUUUUGAUUAGCUUUUCGAAAGACUCUACACUCUUAAAGACUCAUUACAAAGAGUGUUUCUGAUUAACAUCAAAAAUUUAAGAUAAUAUGAUGCCAAAGAUUUAGCUUAGAAGGUAAAGGAUAAAAAGCUUGAGCCUGUUGUAUUGAAAUCACUCACCUAAUAUGCAUUCAAGAAUGACAAAGAAGAAAUUCUCUUGAAUCCUUCACUUAUAAAGGGAUAGGUGAAUAGCAUAGUUUUGCCAUGGGUUGGUAACAACUUAUCAGUAACUGAUAAAAUAAAGGAGACUAAUGAAUGGCUUGAUUCAAAAUUAGCAGAAUUAGAAGUCUUUAAACCUAAGGAAUCCUAGGAAUAGGCUAAAACAUAAGAAAUUUAACUAAAAAGUGAAGGAAACGAUAAAUCAAACUAUACUUUCAAGAGCGAUAAACUCAAUGAGAUUGCUUCUUAAAUUCAAAUAAUGCAUAUUCCAAGCACAAAUAAUAUGAUAAGCAUAAAAACCUACACUCAAAUCGUCGAAGGAAGUGUAGAUUUGGCAGAACCAGAAUUCAUUAGAAUUACCCUUGAGAACAGAAAAGCCAGAAGAGAAGUGUUAUAUUCAGAUGGAGCCAAAUAUGUUUAAUUAUUGUUGGACUAUGUGAAUGAAAUCGAGAAUCUUUUAAUGAAGGCUCAAGAAGAAAUCUGCAAAAAGAUUGAUAUCUCCCAAUAGACCUUGGAAUAAAGUGAAAUGUUAUUGAUGGAAAGAGGAUUGGGUCAACAUGUAUUCAUGUUACAGGCUUCAGCCAGAUAAAGAAUUAAGGACAAGUUGCCAAAACAAAAAUAGGUCUAAAUGAAUGCCACCAAAGAAAUCAUUAGAUAUUAAAUCAAAUUAUUAAAUGAGAAACAAGACUUCUUGAAAAAUAUGAUUGACAAAUUACCAACUACCUAUGAAUCUGGACAAUUGGUGCCUAUGGUCUUGAAUUUGGUUAUGGGAGAUAUGAUAUUUGAAGAACAUAGCUAUGAGGAAGAAGACUAUAUUUCUAAUUUAGAAAACCCAUAAUUAUUCCAAGACCCAGAUAUGAUGGAAUUAUUGAAAUCAAUUGAAACAGGAGUUGUCAACUUAUUAGGAAAGACUGCUUUCGCUUAACCUCCUUAAGGCAUGAUGGGUAACGUUCCACCACAAAUGUUGUAAAAAUAAUAGUAAUAAUGAAAAAUGUAGAUUUAGCAUUAAAUCAUAUAAAUAUAUAUAAACAAUAUUAUUCUA